AUGUUUAGGGUUUAUGUGGAGGUUGGGGGGUUGGAGGGGGGGGGGGUUUGGGUGGUGUUGUUGGGUUGGGUUGGGUUGGGGUGGGUGUGUGGGGGGUGGGUGAGGGGAGUGAGAGUGGUUGGUAUUUAUGUUGGGAGGGGGGAGGAGGGAAUGGUGGGGGGGGUUGGGGAGGGGGGGAUUUUGGUGGUUGGAUUGAUGGAGGUGUUGGGGUUAGAGGUUGGGGAGGGUGGGUUUGGUUUGAUGGUGGUUAGGUUAGGGUUAAUGAGGUUAGAUUGUGUAUUGUUGUGGGGGGGGGUUUGUGAUGAUGUUGUGUGUGUGUUUGGUUGGGGGGGUUUUGGGGGUAGAGUUGGUGGGGGGGUGGGGGGUGUUUGUUGUGGUUGGUGUGGGGUUUGGGGGGGGGGGUGGUUGGGUGGGGGGGGGUGGGGUGUGGUGUUGUGGUGGGUUUGGGGUGGUUGUGGGUGUGGGUGGGGUUUUUUGGUGGUGGUUGGGGUGUUUUGGUGGAGGGGGUGUUGGGUUUUUUGUUGUAUGGGGGUGGUGGGGGUUGGGGGGGGUGGGGGGUGUGGUGUUGUUUUUUUGUUUGGGGGGGGGUUGUUUGGGGUGGGGGGGGGGUGGUGGGUGGUUUGUUGUUUUUAUUUUUGGGGGGGGUGGGGUGUUUUGUGUGGGGUGGUGUUGGUUGGGUUUGGUUGGUGGGGUGUUGGUUUGUUUGAAGAUGGAGAGGUGUGUGGGGGUGGUGGAGGGGGUGUUGGGGGGUGUGUUGAUUUGUGGUGGUGUUUGGUGUUGUUGGUUGGUGUGGGUGGUGGUUGGGGUUGGUGUGUUGGGGUGUUGUGGUUGUUGUGUUGGGGGGGUGUGGUGUUUGUUGGUUGGGGGGUGUGGUGUGGGGGGGUGGUGGGGUGGUUGGGGGGGGGUGGGGGGUUGGGUGUUUGUGUGUGUUGGUGGGGGGUGGGUUUUUGGGGGGGUGUGUGUUGUUGGUUGUGGGUGGUGUGGGGGGGUUUGUGUUGGGUUUUUUUGGGGGUUUAUGUGGUUGGGGUUUUGGUUGGUUGGUUUUGGGGUGUUUUGGGGGGGUUGUUUGUGGGUGUUUUGGGGGGGGGUUGGGGGGUGGGGGGGGGUGGGGGUGGGGGUGUUGGGGUGGGUGUGGGGGUGGGUGGGGGUGGGGGGGGGGGUGGGGGGGUGGGUGGGGGGUGGGGUUGUGGUUGUUGGGAUGUAAUGUGUUGGGUGGGUUGGGGUUGGGGGGGGGGGGGGGGGUGGGUUGUUGGGGGGGGGUGUUUUGGUUGGGGUUUAGGGUGUUGGUGUGUUGGGGGGUGUGGGGGGGUGUGUUUUUUUUUGGUGGUGGGUGGUUGUGAGUGGUGGGUUAUUGGGGUUUUUGGUGUGUUGUUGGGUGGGUGUUUUUGGUGGGUUGGUGGUGGGUGGUUGGGUUUUGGUUUGGGGUUUUGGGGUUUGAGUGUUGUGUGUGGGGGUGGGGUGGGGGGGGGGGGGGGGGGGGGGGGGUGGGGUGUUGUGGGUGGUUGUGUGUGUGUGGUGGUUGGGGGUGGGUGUGUGGGGGGGGUGGUGUGUUGUGUGGUGGGGGGGGUGUGUUUGGGGGGUUGUGUGGUUGGGGGGGGUUGGGGUUUGGGUGUGGGGGGGGGGGGGUUUUGUUUUUUUGUGUUGUGUUGGGGUGUUGGUUUUGGUUGUGUGGGUGUGUUGGUUGGGGGGGGGUGUGGUGGGGGUGUGUGGGGGGUGGGGGUUGGUGGGGGUUUGGUGGUGUGGGGGGGGGGUUGGGGGGGUUUGUGGGGGGUUGUGGGGGGUGGGGGGGGGUGGGGGGGUUGUUGGGGGGUGGGGGGGUUUGGUGUUUGUGGGGUGGUGGGGGUGUUGGGGGGUGUAGUGUUGUUUGUGUUUUUGUUGUUGGGUGGAUGGGGGGAUGGUGGUUUGUUUGUGUGGGUUUGGGUGGGUUUUUUUUUUUGGUGUGGGGGGGUUGGUUGGGGUUGUGGUGUUUGGGAUGUGGGGAUGUUGUGUGUGUUUGGUGUGUAUGGUGGGGGUGUGUGUGUGGGGGUGGUUGGUGUGUGUUGUUUGGGGGUUGGGGUGGUGUGGGUGGUUUGGGGGGUUUGGUGGGGGGGGGUGGGGUGGGGGUGGGGUGGUGGGUUUUGUUGUUUGAGGGGGUUGUGGGGGUGGUGUUGGGGGUGGGUUUGUUGGGGUGUUGGGGGGGGGUGGUGGUGGUUGGGGGGUUUGGGGGUUGGGGUGUGGUGGUGGUGGGGUUGUUGGUGUGUUUGGGGUUGGGUUGGGUGGGGGGGGGUGGUUGGUGUGGUGGGGUGUGGGGGGGGGGGGUUGGUGGGGGUGUUGUGGGGGUGGGUGGGGUUUGUGGUGUGUGGGGGUUGUGUGUUAGGGGGGGUUUGGUGUGGUGUUUUGUGUGGUUGGGGGGGGGGGUUUUUGUGGGGGGGUGGUUUUGUGGUGGGGUGUGGUAUUUGUGGUGAGUGGUGUUGGGGGUGUGGGUUUUGUGGGGGUGGGUUGUGUGGGGGUGGGGUGUGUGGGGUGGGUGUUUGGGGGUGGGGUGUGUGGGGGUGUGGGUUGUUUUGGGGGUGGGGUUUGUGGGGGUGGGGGUGUUGUGGGGUGGGGGGGUGUGGGGGUGGUUUGUGGGUGGUGGGUGUGUGGGGUGGGGUGGUGUGUGGGGGUGGGUUGUGUGGGGUUGGGGUGUGUGGGGUGGGGGUGUGGUGGGGUGGGUGUGUGGGGUGGGGGUUUGUGGGGGGUGGGUGUGUUGGGUGGGGUGUGUGGGGGUGUGGGGUGUGUGGGGGUGGUGUGUGGGGGUGGGUGUGUGGGGGUGGGGUGUGUGGGGGUGGGGUGUGUGGGGGGUGGGGGUGUGUUGGGGGUGGGGGGUGUGUGGGGUGGGGUUGUGUGGGGUGGGGUGUGGGUGGGGGGUGGGGUGUGUGGGGUGGGUGUGUGGGGGUGGGGUGUGUGGGGUGGGGGUGUUGGGGGUGGGGUGUGUGGGGGUGGGGUGUUUGGGGGGUGGGGUGUGUGGGGUGGGUGUGUUGGGUGGGUGUGUGGGUGGGUGUGGGUGGGUGUGUGGGGGUGGGUGUGUGGGUGGGGUGUGUGGGGUGGGGGUGGGUGUGUGGGUGGGUUGUGGGGGUGGGUUGUUGGGGGUGGGGUGUGUGGGUGGGGGUGUGUGGGGGUGGGGUGUUGGGGGUGGGGUUUGUGGGGGUGGGGUGUGUGGGGGGUGGGGGUGUGUGGGGGUGGGGGUGUGUGGGUGGGGGUGUGUGGGGUGGGUUUGUGGUGGGGUUGUGGGGGUGGGUGUGUGGGGUGGGGUGUUGUUGGGUUGGGGUUGUGGGGGUGGGUUGUGGGUGGGUGUGUGGGUGGUUGUGGGUGGGGUUGUGGGUGGGUGUGUGGGUGGGUUGUGGUGGGUGUGUGGGGGGGGGUGUGUGGGGUGGGUGUGUGGGUGGGUGUGUGGGUGGGGUGUGUUGGGGUGGGUGUGUGGGGGUGGGGUUGUUGUGGGGUGUGUGGGUGGGUGUGUGGGGUGGGGUUUGGGGGUGGGUGUGUGGGGUGGGUGUGUGGGGUGGGUGUGUGGGUGGGUUGUGGGGUGGGUGUUGUGGGGUGGGGUGUGUGGGUGGGGGUGGGGUGGGGGUUUGGGGGUGGGUGUGUGGGGUGGGGUGUGUGGGGGUGGGUGUGUGGGGUGGGUGUGGGGGGUGGGGUGUGUGGGUGGGUGUGUGGGGGUGGGUGUGUGGGGUGGGUGUGUGGGUGGGUGUGUGGGGGUGGGUGUGUGGGGUGGGUGUGUGGGGUGGGUGUGGUGGGGUUGGGUGUGUGUGGGGUGGGUGUGUGGGUGGUGUGUGUGUGUGUUGUGGGGGGUGUUUUGUGGUUUGGUUGUGUGGGGUUGUUGGGGGGUGGGUGGGGGGUGGGGUUGUGGGGGGUGGGGGUGGGGGGGGGGUGGGGGGGGGGGGUGGGGGGGUGGUGGGGGGGGGGGUGGGUGGUGGGGGGGGGUGGGUUGUGGGGGGGUGUGGGGUGGUGGGUUGGUGUGGUGUUGGGUGUUGGUGGGGGGUGUGGGGGGUGGUUGUGGUGUGGGGUGGGGUGGGGGGGUUGUGUGUGUGUUGUUGGGUUUGGGGGGGUUUGUUGGGGUUUGUUGUGGGGGGGUUGGGGGUGGUGGGGUGGGGUGGUGGUUGUGUGUUGUUGGUGGGGGGGGUGGGGGUGUGGGUUGGGGUGGGGGUGGGGGGGGGUUGUGGGGUGUGUGGGUGGUGGGGGUUUUGUGGUGGGUGGGGGGGGGGGGGUGGGGGGUUGGGGGGGUGGGUUGGGGGUGGGGGGGGGGUGGUGUUGGUGGGUUGGGGGGGUGGGUUGGGGGGUUUGUGGUGGGUGGUGGGGGGGUGUGGGGGGGGGGUGGGUGGGGGGGUGGGUGUGUGUUGUGGUUGUGGUUUUGUUGUGUGUUUGGGUUUGUGUGGUGUGUGUGUGGGGUUGUGUGGGGGGGGGUGGGUGGGGGGGGUGGUGGUUGUGGGUGUGUUGGGUGGGGUUUUUGGUGGUGGGGGGGGUGGGGGGGGGUGUGGUGGGUGUGUUGGGUGGGUGGGGUUUUGGGGGUGGGGGGGGUGUUUGGGUUGUGUUGUGGUGGGGUGGUGGUGGGUGGGGGGGGGGGUUGGGUGGGGGAGGUUGUGGUUGGGGGUGUGUUUGUGGUUGUUUUGUGUGGUGUUGGUUGGGUUGGGGGUGUGGGGGGGGGGGUGGGGGGGUGGGUGUGUGUGGGGGUGGUUGGGGGUGGUGGGGGGUUUAUGGGUGGGGGUGUUGUUGUGUGUGUGUUGGUUGUUGGGGGGGGGGGGGGGUGGGUGGGGGGGGGGGUGUUUAGUGGGGUGGUGUGGUGUUGUUGGUGGGGGGGUGGUGGGGGGAUGGUUUUGGGUGUUGUGGGUUGUGAUUUAUGUUUUGUGGGUUUGGGGGUGUUGGGGGGGGUUUGUGGUGGUGAUGGUGGGGGGUGGGGGGUGGGGGGGGGGGGUGGUGUUGUUUGGUGAUUUUGGGUGGUUGGGGGUUGGGGGGUUGGUGGGGGUUGUGGGUGGGGUGGGGUUGGGUGUGUUGUUUUGUGGUGUGGUUGUGUGUGGUUGUGUUUGGGGGGGGGUUGGGGGGGGUGGGGGGGGGGGGGGUUGUUUUGGGGGGGGUGGUUGUGGUGUUGUUGUGUGGUGUUUUGUGGGGGGGUUGGUUGGGGGGGUGGUGUGUUGUUGGGUGGUGUGGUGGUGGUUUGGUUUGUUGGGGGGGGUGGGGUUGGGGGGUGUGGGGGUGGUGGGGGGUGUUUUUGGUUGGGUGUGUGGGGGUGUGUGGGUGGGGGGUGGUUGGUGUGGUGUGUGGUUUUUUGGGGUUGUGAUGGGGUUUUUGGGGGGGUUUGUGGGGUGUUGGGGGGUGGGGUGGGGGUGGGGGGGGGGGGGGUUUGGGUUUUGGGGUAUUGGUUAUUGGUUGUGGGGGGGGGUGGGGUGGGGGGGGGUGGUUGUGGGGGGGUGUUGUGUUGGGGGGGGGGGUGGUGGGGUGGUUUGGGGAGGGUGGUUGUGUGGGUGGGGGUUUGGGGUGUGUUGUGGUGGUUGGGGGGUUGGUUGGUUGUUUUGGUUUGUGGGGGGGUGGGGUGGGUUGGGGGUGGGGGGGUGGUGGGUUGUGGGGGUGGUGUUUGGGGGGGUGGGGGGUGGGGUUGGGGGUUGUGGGGGGGGGUGGUGGUGGGGUGGGGGGUGGUGUGGGUGUGUGUUUUUUGUUGGUGUGGGGGUGUGGUUUGGGUUGUAUUUGGUUUGUGUUGUUGUUGGUAGUGUGUGUUGUUGUGGGUUUGGGUGUGUGUGGGGUUGUGGGGGUGUGGUUUGGGGUUUGUGGGUGUGUGUUGGGUUUGUUGUGUGUGUUGGGGUUGUUGGUUGUGGUGUUGGGUUGUGGGGUGUGUUUUGGGGGUUGUGUGUGUGGUUUGGGAAGUGGGUGUGUUUGGUGGGGUUGAGUGGGUGUGGUUUAUGGGUUGUAGUUGUUGUUUUAGGGGUAGUUGGUGAGUUUUUUGGGGUUGUGGGUGUGUAUAUGGGUUGUGUGGUGUGUUUUUGGGUUGUGGGGGGGUUGUGUAUUUGGGUUUGGUGGUGUGUUGUUGGGGUUGUUGGUUUUGUGUUGUUGUGUGUGGUGUGGUUUUAG